AUGGCCGUGAACCUGUUACAAGAUUGGUGCAAGGGGGUGGACCUGGACCCCAGAAAGGCCCUGCUGAUCGUGGGGAUCCCCACAGAGUGCAGUGAGGAAGAGAUUAGGGAGACUAUAAAGGCAAACUUAGAGCCACUGUGCUCCUACACGGUGCUGGGCCAAAUUUUCAGGAAGGAAGACAAUGCCAAGGCUGUCUUUGUCCAGCUGACGGAGCCCGUCAACUACGCUGUGAUGCCCACUCACAUCCUGGGCAGAGGGGGCAUCUGGGAGGUGGUGGUGAAGCCCCGCAGGGCAGACAAUGAGUUCCUCAGUAGGCUGAACAGCUUCCUGAAAGAUGAGGGCAGGCGGCUGGUAGAUGUGGCCCAAAUCCUGGAGUUUAGCACCUCACGUGCCACCGAGGGCAGGAAGCCUCAGGUCCAGGAGCCUGGGGUCGUGGGCCCAGCAGCAGCACCGAGUCUGCCACCCCCGAAAGAAGGCAUGUGGUACCGAAAACUGAAAGUGUUUUCGGGAAACGCUUCGCCUGUGCCCGGUGAGGAGCCCUUUGAUCUCUGGCUGGAGCAGGCAACUGAGAUGAUGCAGCUGUGGCAGGUGUCCGAAGUGGAGAAGCGGCGGCGGCUGCUGGAGAGCCUGCGUGGCCCUGCACUGUCCAUCCUGUGUGUGCUGCGGGCCAACAGCAACGUCGUGACAGUGCAGCAGAGCCUGGAGGCCCUGAAGCUGAUAUUUGGCACCAAGGAGGACUCUCGUACCUCUCAGCUCCACCUCAGGCAGGCCUUCCAGGAGUCAGGGGAGAAGCUGUCUGCCUUCCUGAUCCGCUUGGAGCCCCUGCUGCAGAAGGCAGUGCAGCACAGCACUACGUGCGUCCACGGUGCCGACACGAUGCGCCUGAAGCACGUCCUGGCGAAGGCCACCCUGCCUCCUUCGCUCCGUGGCAAGCUGGACAUCCUGAAUGAGCACAACUGCGCCCCCACCUUCCUGGAGCUGAUGAAACUUGUCCGCGACGAAGAGGAGUGGGAGACGACCAUGCUGGUGACCAAACGCAAGAGCGGGCAAGUGAGAGAUGGUCAGGGGGGCUCCACCAGACAGGUGGCAGUGGAAGUCCAUGUCCCGCCCCCACAGGCCCACCUCAUGCCAGCAGGGCCUUCCAUGGAUCGUAGCACCCAGACUGGGCAGGAAGAGGCUUCCCCGUCAGAGAAGCGUAGGCGCCUGUCAUGCUGCUGUGCCAGCGAGGAUCUCAGCCAGGUCAUCAAGGUUGAGAGCGAGUCCCCAGAUGAUGGAGUUCAGUCAGGUGCAGUGGAAGAGUCGGGAAAUGGGGGAGGGGCUGGGGCUGUGAGCCACCCCAAGCCCUAA